CUGGACAAUAGUGCUGUCUUUCUUUUUCACAAAUUAAAUACAAGGGAAAGAAAGAUAUUGUCAUGUGAUAAAGACAAUCACAACAAGUGAAUGUAUAUAAUUAUUUAUUUCAUAUAAUCAUUGUACAAUAAACAGUCGAAGGUUCUGUUGAUAAUUCCCCUUCCAUAAACUGUAAUUUUUAUUACGUUAACAAUCAACACUUGUUUUCUUUUUCCAUUUUUUUUUUUUAAUAAUCUAACCUUCCUUGAGAAAAAAUGGGCGCACGUCAAAUGGGGGUGUAGCCACAUCAAAACAAAAGUCGUUUUCUGUUUUUCUUGAGAAAAAAAAGAGAGAGAGAGAGAAAGAUACACUAAUGUCUUCAGCAAAUAGUGUUGAGUCCUUAUGGACGUUACAAUGGGAUAUGAUGGAAUUAGCAGGACAUCUUCGUCAAGAACGUCUUUUUGUUAGUUCCGAACAACAAAAUCUACAAUCACUCAAUGAAAAUGUUUUGUUUCUCUCAUCGGAUUUGGCGCAACAAGCAUGGGUAACAGCACAACAAAGAGUGAAUUUAAAUCAUCUAAUAGUAUCACGCCCCGAUUCAACACCAGCAUCAUGUUGUCAUCGUGCGAAUAUUUUAGAAAAUUCUCAUUUUAUUGAUGCCUAUAAACAUUUUCGAUAUCAAACAUGUUUGGCUUAUGGUGAAUUUCUCAAUUGUUUGAGAAAAUCACCAAAAUUAUUGGCAUCAUGUCUUGUUGAGGGCGAUAAAAUUUUACCUGAAGCAAUGCAAGGAAUAAUACAAUCACUCGCCGCUGGACUUUAUGGAAGUUGUUUAUUUCCUGAGGAUAAAUUAUUAGUUUUAAAGUUACUUCGUUAUUUAAUGCUUCUUCAAGUUGUACCAUCUGAUAAUCCACGUCGUUUACUUCGUCAUGGAACGUGUGCAUUUUCAAGUUUUUAUUCUGUUUUUCAUGAAAGUUUAUUUUCAUCGAAAUUCUUUUUAACAGCCGCACUACACAAUCCAAUAAUGCAAUUAUUAAUGGAAGAUGAAAUGUCACUUGAUAUUGAUCCGGAUAAAGCUUCAAUUUGUCUAACAGCGGCUGAACGUUUAAAGAAAUUUGGCAAAGAAGGAACAGUUGAAUAUCAAACAAAAUUACAACGUUAUCGUUUGUGGACAAUAAAUUCUCUUGUUAGAAUAACUCAAAGAUUUAUUUUAAGCAUUCGUGAGAAUAUGCAUUGUUUUCCCACCAGUAUUUUUUGGUUAGUGAGACAAAUGGCUGGGCUUUUAAAUAAAAAUGGAAAUGUCGAUCAAAAAGAAAUUCAUGCAAUGUGCACCGAUUUGGUAUUUACAUAUUUUAUUUGUCCAGCAAUUGUUAAUCCCGAACCAUAUGGUAUCACCGAUGCGCCAAUUAGUUAUAUUGCAAGAUUUAAUUUAAUGCAAGUUGGACAAAUUUUACAAAUGCUUUCACUUAUGAAAUAUCAAACAAUUGACAGUAAAGUAAUGGAUUUGUAUAAAAGAUUUGAAAAAGAUUCAGUAUCGUCAAUUAUUGAUACAAUGUUGGAUGGAGCAACUGAAGAAUUAGAAGAUGAACCAACAAUGAUUGAUGCAAAUAAAUUACAAGGUUUAUCAAGAUCCGCUGCACUAUUCACGGAAAAUGAAUUAAAUGCAUUAAUUUCAUUUUUACAAGUUGUUCACAAUGAGAUUAAUAAAAAUGAAACUUCACCAUUAAUACUCGAUAAUCAGAAACAAUUGAAUGAUAUGUUGGUGCAAUUGCCAUUGUCAAUGCCAAAUGCCAAUCGAAUUUCUGAUGUUUCACCGGAAACUCCAAAUAAACGUGGGGGAAUUCUUGGAAAAGGUAAAGGAAGAGGAAUUCGUAUAUCUUCUUCAUCGUCAAAUACAACAACAGAUGGUAGUGAAGAUGUAAAUGGUUCUUCUGCAAUUGAUGAUGAAUCAAUGGAUAAAGUUGCUCAGGGUGUUCUCGUUAUUCCUUUUGGACCAACAGUGAGCGAAUGCGUGGGUUUACUUAGCGAACAAAAGGUUUUAUGUAUGGAUAUGCAAAAUAAUAUGGAAAAUGGAUCAAUCACGUUUAAUCUUCCAGACGAUUUGUCUAACCGAAAUAAUCGUGGGAGAGAAGGAAAUAGUGUCGAACGCAUUGAAACACAAGAAAAACGAACUCGUUUCUCUCUAUCUCACGAUGAAGUGUUAUUUGAGGGAUCAAUUGGAAACACAUCUGAUAAUUUGGAAGCAGUUUCUGAGGCAGCUUCUAAUCAUAGUGUGGCAUCGUCACUCGAAUUAGAAACAGAAGAUCAAAAUGACAAUUUAUCAGAUAUGGUUUCAGCAAAUGUGUCAGGAAGAGGAACACCAAAUAUAUCGGGUCGUGAUACGCCAUCGUCACAAAUAACCGAAGGUGACGAUGGUCGUGUUGCUGGUGAAGCGAGACAAUUAGAUUUACCACCACCAACAAUGCCGACAAAACAAAGUCGAUCUGAAAUUGAUGAUAAAUUUUGCAAAUUCGAAAUUAAAAAACUUAUUGAAGGUGAUGAAACUAUUUCACUAGUAUCUGACACAUGGUCUACAGAUGUUUUAGCGUCAGAUAGUGAAAUUGUUGAGCAACAGGAGAGAUUUUUAUUUCCGCCACCACCACCACAAGAACAACCGCCGCCUUCACUUCCUGUUGAAAGUUCACAAUUAGAUGUUAGCGAAACUGCUUCGGAAGCCUGGAGUACAGACGUUCUUGCAAGUGAUUCUGAAAGACUCACUGAAGUUGAUACUGAUGAUACAGCAAGCGUUGCAAGAUCGGACGAUACUGCAAGAUCAGAAAUAGAAAGUCGCGGUGAACCCGAAGGAGGUGAAGAAACGCCACCACCUGUUAAUUAUAAUGCAGCAGCAGUUUUUCGACCAAUUCGUGAAGAUCCAAUUGGCAGUUCUUCGGUGAGUGUACUUUCAUCACCAACAGCAAUGCAUUCACCAACUUCAAAUAUAAAUGUUAGAGGAACAGGAGGAAUGAGAAUUGAUUAUAGACGAAGUACAAUUGAUUAUAUAGACACUAAUUCCAAUAAUAAUAAUAUGGAUUAUGGAAAAGUGGUGGGAGAAGAAAGAUUGGUACAUUUAAUGGAUAAAUUACAAUUUGACAGUAGCAAAGAUCGGCAAAAUUCUGUUAAUGGAUUUGUACCAGUUUCAUCAUCAGUAAAUUCAACCAAUAAUACUUUGUGUCCAAUGCAGGAUAAAUUGUCAAAUGGCGAUAUUAAAACCGAAGAAUUAGAUGGUUAUUCCGGAGGGAAUUCGAGUGACGUUGUUGUUAGAUUGAGUACCGCGAGUUUAACGUCAAGCAGUAGUUCAGGAUCGGAGCCACGAUCAAAAAAUAAUAGUAGAUGCAUGACAGAUUUGUCAAAUGUUCAAUCGCUAUUAAAUGGUGGUAACGAUUGUCAAACGAAUUCGACUCCAUUGAAACCAUCAACAUCAACGGGAGCAAUACCGAAAAGUAUAAGCUUCGACAUGACCGCCGAAAGAGGUGAUAAGGAAUUAUUGGACGAUGAUCAAAAAAAUAAGAGAGGAUUUUUUGGAAAAUUGAAAAUGUCAUUGAAAAAUAGAAGGGGAAAAUCAUUACGUGGUGCUGAUGAUUUAAGUAGAUGUUACGAUAGAGAAACAGGAGCCGAUGGUGUCGAUAUUAAUCGACAUCGUCUAAGAAGAAUCAUGUCCGAAGAUCCAUCAGCUAGUGCACACAAUGACAGUACGGAUGAUAUUUUAGCAAAAUAUAGAAGAAAACCGAGUACAAAUAGUGAUACAGCUUCUGUAGAAAGUACACAGUCGAGAACAAAAGAAAUUGAAGAUGAAAGAUUAUUAAUAGAUCCUAAUAAUAUUGAAAUGUCAUUUGCUUUUGUCGAUGCAAAAAGAAAACUUCGAAUGGUACUCAGCACUGCUGAUUUACAACACAUUCCAUGGACGAGUAUAACGGAGAGAAAUGGUUGGACUCAGAAAGAAAAUGAAUUAGUGGCUUUUCUUCAGAUGCAAUUGGCUGAGGCUAUUAAUUUACAAGAUAGAGCAUUAAUUGCACAUCUUCAUGAGACAUUGAGAUGCGUCAGAUUAUUUAAUGACGAUGGUUGUAGAAAAUUGUUUAGAUCAUUAAAAGAUGAUUAUAGAAAAAGAUCUCCAUAUAUUGCGUAUCUUGUUCGAUGUCGUCAAGGUUUAUUGUCAACUGUUGCGCAUUUAGAUCGAUUGUCAAAACGUGUAAAAUGUGAUCGUGAUGCAGUCAACAGUCAUUUGGUGUCAGUUUGUGUGCGAGUUUUUCUUGAAAAAAGAGAAACAUUGCUUUCACGAUUCUGCGAGGAAUUCAAAAAGCUCUCUUUACCUGAUGAAAAACUAGAACUUGUGGAAAAUUUUCUUGGCAAAAUUCACUCAGAAAUGGAAAAUGACUCAAUAUGGCAAGCUGCCAGUAAUGCUCAAUUGAAAUUAGCGAGAAUAGUUGUGGAAAGAAUUGUGAUGGCUCAAAUAUAUUACAAUGCACUUUAUCCAAAUGGCGAUGGUGAUUUAUGCAGGGAUCAAGUUCUUAAUGAUCAUAUUAAAAAAUUAUCAAAAGGCUUAACGCCAAAUCAUAAAAAUUUCAAAAUUCCAAAGAUUUAUCAUUAUGAAUGUCCAUGGCCAUGUGCACAAGCUGAAUUGGCCGUAAUAUCCGCAUAUAAAACACCGCGUGAUAAAUUUCAAUGCAUUUGGCGUUGUGCAACAACAAUUAUGAGUCUUUUGUCAAUGGCAUCAGAAAGAGGAAUUCCAGCAGCUGAUGAUUUAAUUCCCGUACUUGUUUACGUUAUUGUAAAGGCAAAUCCACCAUCAUUAUUGUCGACAGUACAAUAUGUUGAUAGUUUCUAUGGUAAUCAUUUACAGGGUGAGGAACAAUAUCGGUGGACACAAUUUUGUUCUGCUAUUGAAUUCAUUAAAACAAUAGAUUAAUAGUUGCAUAAAUUAUUAUUAUUAAAAUAAUGCAUAAAAGAAAAAUGAUUCAGAAUUUUUUUUUUUAACAUUUUGUUAGAAAUUUUUUUUUUGCAGAAUUACAAUCGUAAAAAGAAUUUCAUGCUUAUUAAAAAAAGAAAGAAAGAAUGAUGAGAGUCUUGUACAUUUUAAUUAUAUAUAUAUAGAUAUUGUAAAAUUAAAAAUAAUUCUGCUUAUUUUUCCUAUAUAUAUAAAAUAAUGAUAUAAACAGAUGAUAUAUAUGUUGAUAUUGUAACACCAAAUAACAGUAAUGUAACAAUAACACCAAAUUUGUGUUGGGUUAUAGCCUACUGUAUAACAAUUUAUUUAAAAGGGCUGUAUAUUUUUCCAUGAAAGUGAAUGAGAUAGAUUAAUAGUACAAAAAAAAUUUGUAUUAUUUUCCUUCUAUUUUUCAUUUAAGUAAUAUUAUUUUCAGUUACUAGUAUUAGUGAAACUAAUUAAAUUUAAUUUAAACAUAUAUUUUUCUUUCUUAAAAAAAUAAUUAUAACAAAAUUAGAUAAUUUUAAGUAUGGUAGUCGAUUUUGGAAUUGAAAAAUUUUUAAUUAAAUUAUUUUUACUGCUUCAUAAUUUUUAUGUAAAAAAAAGAGAAUUGCUUACUUCAAAAUUAAGAGAAAAAUUAAUCAUACGUUUAUAUACAUUUAUUAACAUGAAUUCGUAUUGAAUAUGUUUUACAAAUUACAUUUUUUUGUAAAUAAUUAGAUGGCAAAAAUAGAACAAUAUUAUAAUAACUCGAUGUUAAAUGUUAUUUUCAGUAUUUUAGUCUCAGUUAACAGUGAUAAAUGAAAAUAAUAAAAAACGAAUGAAGUGAAAGACUUUUUUUAUAUUUCUCUAUUUGAAACUUAAAAAUUAUGCUUUAAAAAACAAGUGCUUAACAUUUAAGCGUUAUGCAAAAAAAAAACAAUGUUCGUUUUGAUUAAAUUUUAAUGUCAAUAAUAAUUAAAUUAUAAAUAUUUAAUUGAAAAUUUAAUCAAGACGAAAUCUUUUCUUUUUGGAAUAAAUCAAUUUCUUUUUCUAGAUAGAUAGAAUGACAAUUCUUUUAAGUUGAACAUUCCAAAUGCAGUUUUCUUUUUAUAGAAAAUAAAAAUUCAUAAAAAUUUAUACAAUUAUAAUUUUCUUAAAAAAAUCUUUUCUAAAAUGCGCGAGUUUUAUACAUUUUGAUUACGAGUUGUUACGUUUUAAUAUAUUUUUGAGACAAUUUUCCAGGUAGGAAAUUAUUCUUUUUGUUUUUAGAUUACGAAACUUGGAGAAUUCUAUGUCCAGAAUAUUUUUUUUUUGUUUUCAA